AUGAACAGAGAGAACGAUACAGUCGUGUCGGAGUACAUGGGCCAUGGGAUCAUCCGGUUGUUUAAAUUGCGGGGGGAAGUUACCACCCCUGCUGGGGAACAAUCCACUGUGACGGUGCCGGGGGACGAUACAAUGGUCAGCAUCUUGUUCGUGCCGACCUACUUCACCGUACACGACCUGCUACACUUUUAUAUAGGCGACGAGAUCGUCAAUAACCAGAUCAGCAACUUCCGGAUCUUGCAGAACCACGACGAAGGUGUCGGGUUCAACUUCAUGGUGCUGAUGAAGUUCAAGGAUCCGAUGAACGCAAAGAGGUUUAAAGAGGACUUCAACGGCAAGAGUUUCAGCAAGAUGGACCCAGAGAAGUGUCAUGUGGUGUUCAUAAAGGAGGUGGUCUUUCAAGAGAGACUGUUCGACCUGACAGACGACGACGAAAGGCUGCCCUACUUGCUGACUGACCCGUUCACGCAGCUGGAGAAACCAGGGGGGCGCCUCGUGGAGUUGCCCGCGUGCCCGGUGUGCCUCGAGAGGAUGGACUCCGAAACGACAGGGCUCAUCACCAUUCCCUGCCAACACACUUUCCACUGCCAGUGUCUCAACAGGUGGAAGAAUUCAAAGUGUCCUGUGUGUCGGUACUCCAGCUUCCGACUCAGCAGGGACACGCUGAUGCGGACUUCCCGAGGGACACCAAAGUGCCACACGUGCGGUGCCGCGGACAACCUAUGGAUAUGUCUCGUCUGCGGGAACACCGGGUGCGGGAGGUACAACUCCAAGCACGCCAUACAGCACUACGAGGAGACCUCGCACUGUUUUGCAAUGGACAUCAAGACGCAGCGGGUCUGGGACUACGCCGGCGAUAACUACGUGCACCGGAUCGUCCAGAACGAGGUCGACGGGAAGCUUGUCGAGGUCAGCGGGAAUGACGCGGCAGCGGUGCAGGGGGACAACCUUGCGGGGGACAACCUUGCGAGGAACACGCCCGCAGAGGACCACCAGGGAAAGGACCUGGACUUGGCGGAGAACUUCCUGAGAAACAAGGAGUACCACCUCGAGUACGUCCAGGUGCUCAUCUCGCAGCUGGAGUCGCAGCGAGAGUACUACGAGGGAAAACUUGCACAGUGCGCUGAGGAAAGGAGCGUAGGUGCCCCCGCGGGCGCACUCGCGGAUAUGCAAGCACAAGUCAAGAAAUUGGCGGAAAGACUCGACCGGGCGACCUUUGAGAUGGAUAAAGAGCGCGGGGAGACCAAAUUGCUCGUCCGCGGGCUUCAAGAAAACGUCACGCACCUAACGAAGCAGAACGAGUCCCUGGAGAAGUCCCGAGAGACCUUGCGGGCGGAGAAGACCGACGUCGAGGAGCAACUCCGCGAUAUCAUGUUUUACCUCGACACGCAGAACAAGUUUAAGGACGCGACGGAGGAGGAGAGGGAUGGAGCUGUCGUUAUACAACCUACACCGGGCAUCACAGAUCCUGCGAAGAAGAACCCCAAGAAGAAGAAGAAGAAGAAGAAGAAGCAGCUCCCCUGA